UAAAACCCCUCCAAUCAGAGGCUCCGUGCGGGAAGUUUGAAUUUUGCGGAGCUCUGGGUUGUAGGGGUUCCUGCUUCGGAGGCGGCAGUGGUUCUUCAGACCCAGAGGAUUCCUUUACUUUUAGUUCUGUUGAGGUUUUACUCCAGAAGCUGCCUCAGGAUGUCUUCAUCACAUUUUGCCAGUCGACAAAGAAAGGAUUUAAGUAUUGACAUGAUUAGAACCAGAAUUGCUCAUAGAAAAUCACUGUCUCAAAAAGAAAACAGACAUAAGGAAUAUGAACGAAAUAGACAUUUUGGUUUGAAAGAUGUCAACAUUCCAACCUUGGAAAGUAGAAUUCUUCUUGAAUUAGAUGAGACAGCUCAAAAGCUUGUUCCAGAAAAGGACAGUGUCAAGCCAAGGUCAACGAAAACUGUUCUAGGUGAUCAACGAAAGCAAAUGCUCCAAAAAUACAAAGAAGAAAAGCAGCUUCAGAAAUUGAAAGAGCAGAGAGAGAAAGCUAAACGAGGAGUAUUUAAAGUGGGUCUUUAUAGACCUGAUAUGCCUUGUUUUCUGUUAUCAAACCAGACUACUAUGAAAGCUGAGCCAAAAAAGGCUGUUCCAUCUUCUGUACGGAUUACAAGGUCAAAGGCCAAAGACCAAAUGGAGCAGACUAAGAUGAAUAACGGGAGUGAUAUUCGAGCAAUCCGACCUGGUCAGAGACAAACUUCUGAAAGAAAAGUGUCGGACAAAGAGAAAAAAGUUGUACAGCCUGUAAUGACCACAUUGGUGAGAAUGACUCGAUCAGCCUCUCAAGCAGCAAAGCAGAUUGCCAGAACAGUCUCCUCUACUACAACAGGAAAGCCAGACACAAGAGCUACCAAUGAUUAUGAAACAGAAAGAAAGGCACCAAAUCAAGGAAGACCUGCCAAAAAGAUAGAAACAAAACCUGACAAGGUUGUUUCUUUUAAAGUCAAUAGUGAAGAAAAUACUUUGGAUUCACAAACCAGUGCAACAAAUGGAAUGGAUCCAGAUGGAGUCUUACAAAAAACGGAGAACUUACCUAAGACAAAUACUGCAAAAAUGAAAGGGAAGAAUUCCUUCGCACCUCAGGAUUUUAUGUUUCAGCCCCUGGAUGGUCUGAAGACCUAUCAAGUAACACCUAUGACUCCCAGAAGUGCCAAUGCUUUCUUGACACCCAGUUAUACCUGGACCCCUUUAAAAACCGAAGUUGAUAAGACUCAAGAAGUGACAGAAGAAAUUUUGGCGCAAAAAUAUAAAACUUACUCUGCAAAGACAGUACAUCAAGAUUCAGAUAAACUACAGUGUCCUUUGGGUUCUCUAACAGUUUCGAAUAAAGAACAUGUCUUAAAUAAAGAUGAGACUACUAAAAUUUCAAAUGGCCUUACAAUAAAAGAAGUCCCAUCACUUGAAAUAAAUGAAGAUCAGAUAUCUCAGCCCCACCAUGAUGUGCCAUAUUUCAGAAAUAUUCUUCAGUCAGAAACUGAGAAAUUAACUUCGCACUGCCUUGAGUGGGACAGGAAGCUUGAAUUGGACAUUCCAGAUGAUGCUAAAGAUCUUAUUCGCACAGCAGUUGGGCAAACAAGACUCCUUAUGAAAGAAAGGUUCAAGCAGUUUGAAGGACUGGUGGACAAUUGUGAAUAUAAACGAGGUGAAAAGGAGACUACCUGUACAGAUCUGGAUGGAUUUUGGGAUAUGGUUAGUUUUCAGAUAGAAGAUGUAAACCAAAAAUUCAACAAUUUGACCAAACUUGAGGAAUCUGGAUGGCAGAACAAUAAUAAUAUAAGUAAAAAAGUUGUUCGGAAGAAAGUGGUCUCAGGGGUAGCAAGUAAGCCCAAACAGGAUGAUGGUGGAAGAAUUGCAGCUAGAAAUCGCCUCGCGGCCAUAAAAAAUGCAAUGAGAGAGAGGAUGAAGCAGGAAGAAACUGCGGAGGCAGCGACCUUUGUAAUGCCAAAGGAAGUUGAUAAAAUAGUGUUUGAUGCUGGAUUUUUCAGAAUCGAAAGUCCUGUUAAAUCCUUCUCAGGAGUUUCUAUCUCUUCUGAACGUCUUUCUCAAAGACUUAGGACACCUAAGUCUGUCAGCAAAGCUGUGUCUGAGAGCAGGGCUGAGAUGGACCAUCUAAGACAAACUAUGUCAUCACAGAAUCCUGAUCCUCAAAGUACCAAAAGUGAGCAUGUUGAUAAGGAGACUUUGCUUUCAACUAUUCCUAAAAACAGGAACAACAUAGAAGAUGCUCAGUGUCCUGGAUUACAAGAUUUAAUUGAAGUAAAUUAUGAUGCAAACAAGAUAAACUUUGAGAUGGAUUGUUUACCCAGUGAAAGAAUGAAUUUGCCUCUACUUGCUGGUGAAGUGGCAGAUGAUAUUAAUACUAAUAAAAAGGAAGAAAUUCCAGAUGUUGUAGAAGGAAUGGAACUACAUUCUUUAGUUACAGCACAGGAUGUUUUGAUGAGCAGCCCUGAAAAUAUACCAUCACAAAAUGACAUCUUACAGGAAGAGAAGACUAAAAUUUCUCAGUCAGUAUUUGAUAUUAAAAGUCUCACUACUGAAUGCCAUCUUCUUGAUUCGCCAGGCCUAAACUGCAGUAAUACAUUCACUCAGGUGGAGAGGAGACAUCAAGAUCAUGACAGACACAUUUCCUUUGGUGGUAACUUGAUUACCUUUUCACCUCUAAGGCCCCUCCAUGAUGAACAACCAGAAGAAUUUUGAAUUUAAAAAUAAAUCCACAUAUUUUUCUUCAUAUUAUCAAUGUGAUAUAUUGUUAGCAUAUUGAAAAUUGAAGAGUAUGUAUUUGUGUUCACUUCUAGUUAAUUUAUAUAGUAUCAUAAAAUGUUUUAAUAUUCAGUGUUCAUCGAAGUGUGUUUUAGAUAUGAUAGUGUUUCUCGAGGGAAGUGGGGAUAUUUUGUACAUUAACUAUGCAGAAUAAAAAGUGUACUUUACCUCACCUCUCUUGUUUAAAAUGUAUAAACUUAAAGCUAAGUGUACUUAGAGCUUAUGAACAUUCUUCAGUUUAAUCAAAAUAUAGUAUUAAACUUUGACAGAAAUAUUUGCAUCUUUUUAUAUUCUCUUAGUUUGGACUCUUAAAUUUGUUGAUAUUGAACAGCUUUGCAUAUUGCAUUUUUCAGAGUAUACUGAGUUUCUUUUUUUUUUUUUUUUUUUAAAGAUUUUAUUUAUUUGACAGAGAGAGACACAGCGAGAGAGGGAACACAAGCAGGGGGAGUGGGAGAGGGAGAAGCAGGCUUCCUGCUGAGCAGGAAGCCCGAUGCAGGGCUUGAUCCCAGGACCCCGGGAUCAUGACCUGAGCUGAAGGCAGACGCUUAACGACUGAGCCACCCAGGUGCCCCUAUACUGAGUUUCUUUAAAUGAGCUUUCUGGAAUCUGAAGUUGUUUACAUGCUGCAGUUUCAAAAGGUUAAACGGUUAGAGGGGCCCAUUAAAUCUUUGCCUUUUUCUUUUCAUUUUCCCCUUGACAAAACUGACAGCCUUAGAAGGAAAUGCCUUCUUCCCUUGAAAAGAAUUGUAUCAAUCACUUAAUGUGUUUGAAAUAUUUUCUCUUUUAUAAAACUCUUAAUUAUAGGAUUGUAGAAGACAGGGCCAUAAUAGCACCAAGAAGACUUGUAGAAGCUAACGCUUAUAACCAGACCUGGGUCCAGUUAUUUCUUCCUCUAAAUGAGUUAGGGUUGGAGGCAUUCACCAAACAAGCAGCAGCUUUAUAAACGUGUAAGAUUAGAGGUUUUCAAAAAGAAAAGAAGACACAUCCACUUUUGUUGUCAGAGAAAGGUAUGUUAGGCUUGUGGGAAAGAUAGUAUUAUCAAGCCCAUAUGAGCAGUUAGGCUAUGUGAGGUGCUGGCUUAGAAGAAUGUUCUCAGAAUACCUAAUCUUACCAAAAGAUAAAAGCAGCUUUAACAGCCCAUUAAUGAAUAAUUCAAGCAAGACAUGCAGAACAAAGAAACAUACGUAAAAGUUAGGGUUUUCUAAGGGCCCAUGCAUAUGAGCAUGCAAAAGAAGUUGGUGCAGAGAAACCCAAAGACUUAGAAUAUAGAUAAAGCAAUAUACAACAAAACAAUAAAAUAAUAUUUGCCCUCAAGGAUAAAGCAAAUGAGAAUAAAGACAGUAUCAGUAAACAUGAUUUUUUUGUGGGUUUAAUAAGAUGUACUGUUGACUUGUUCAGAGAACUUUUGUCUGUUUAGUGAUAGUAGAGUGAACUCAAACUGGCUUAAUAACAGGGAAGUUUAUUAUUUGCACAAGUUGCCAGGGUGAUUCCAAGCACUUUCCAAUCAACAGCUCCAUGAUGGUAUCAAGGUCCAAAAUUACAUUCAUAGUUUCUGUCAUCCUUGCCGUUGGCUUCUCCGUGGCUGGAUCCUUUUGGGGUCAUAUAUUGUUAGUGUGUUGAAAAUUGAAGAGUAUGUAUUUGUGUUCACUUCUAUUCAAUCAAUUUAUAUAGUGUCAUAAAAUGUUUUAAUAUUCAGUGUUCAUCAAAGUGUGUUUUAGAUAUGACAGUGUUUCUUGAGGGAAGUGGGGAUAUUUUGACUAUCCAUUUGAUAUGGUCUUUAAUCAGGAUCCCUUAUUUUAUCUAGGAUUAUACUUAAAUAAAACCAUGACUAUUAGGAAACAGGGAAUGGAUGGCUAAGCAGCCAUCAGUAUACCCUACAUCUAGAUAGUGUUCUUAGGCUAUUGGACUCUAGAAUUACGAGGUUUUAGAAAAAUCUUUAAAGAUACAGGAAAGAAUAUUGCUUCGCAGAACAAAUGCCUUUCCAAAAAUGAAACCAAAAAAAAUUUCCAUUUGUUGAGGACCUCCUAUAUGGCAAGCCCUUUGUAAACAAUAUUUAUUCAAUGAUCACAGUAACCCUACAAAAGGUGUAUUAUACCACCAUUUUAUAGACAAAGGAACCAAGGCUCAGGAUUUAAAUAAUUUUGUGUAAACCAAGUUCCCCCUUUUUAUCAUAGCUUAUGUUUUUCCACUUAAUCAUAGGUGUGGAAGAGUCAAGAUGAGAAUGUUGGAGUAAGGAAGUAACAUAGUUUUUUGAAAUAAACUGCUCACAUCCCUCUUUAGGACUGAAAGUCUUUUUAAUUGCUACAAGUGCUGUUAGAUGGCUUUCAGAAAUCAUUUCCACGUGACAACUACCUCAGGGGAAGACAGCCGCUCCUCCCGAGGUCAUACCGUUUCUCAGGUGGCUUGUAUUCGUUGACUGAUUGAAGUGAAGACAGAAAGGACUGUCCCCCCUCUUGACAGCUCCAAAGGAUCAUCCCGGCUUCAGAACCCCUGUAGGGUGGGCUGAGGCAUCGAUACCCAACUUCUCCCUCUGCCCGAUCCUGUGCCUUCUCAUCCCAACAGCUGUUGAUCUCAAGAUUCUUCCCCCUAAACCACUUGGGUUCUAAUCUCUGCUUCCUGGGGAACCCAACUUGUGACAAUAAAAGUAUCUGAGAAGAUGGUGUUAUAGAAACAAUAAAUAGACCAAACAAUAUUUUGAUUCUUUUAUAAAGUGAAGUGCUAUGACUACAUCCUAGUUUUGAAAUUGUAUGAAUCUUUGGGCCUGCUGGUAAUGAGGAAGGGCAGAAAGGCAUGGUUAAGAAUGUUGGCAAUGGGGCGCCUGGGUGGCUCAGUUGGUUAAGCGACUGCCUUCGGCUCAGGUCACGAUCCUGGAGUCCCGGGAUCGAGUCCCGCAUCGGGCUCCCUGCUCGGCAGGGAGUCUGCUUCUCCCUCUGACCCUCCUCCCUCUCCUGCUCUCUGUCUCUCAUUCUCUCUCUCUCUCUCAAAAAAUAAAUAAAAUCUUAAAAAAAAAAAAAAAGUUUAAAAAAAAAAAAAGAAUGUUGGCAAUGGGAACUAUUAAAUUUUUCAAGCUGAUGAUAUAUCUAAUUAAGAGCUUAAUUUUCCUCUAUAAAUAUGAUGGAGAUUUCAUAAAAACCAGGAGAACCUACAGCAAGAUUGUCUCAUAUUGGUAUCAAAUAUGGAUUUGAAAACAGCUAAGUAUAGUCUAGAGAGAAAAAAUAGUUAAAAGGAGCAAAAAGAAAUAUACCAGAAUGCUAACAGUAACUGCCUGUGGAUCAUCAACAGCUACACUUUUUCUUUGUGCUUUUCUCAUAUCCUGAAUAUAUACUUCCUUAAGUAAGAAAAUGGGGGAAUGAUUUCCUUGUAGCAUCUUCUGGUUUUUAUGAAACUCUGAAAGAGGUUAAAAUAGUAUUUUCUUUAAAAGUAAUAAGUAUAGAAAACUCUGGGAGACUAAUGUAGAAUUAAUAUUGCUACAUAUUCCUUUUUCACUGAGUCCAUUGUGCAUUAUCAAGAAUAAAUUGCCCCAAUUCAAUGACAUAUAAAGACAGGAAACUCUUAGAAUGUUUAUUAAAUGGAUGAUUUACAGGACGGACAGUGAUGAAUAAAGGUAAAAUUUUUCAGUCAGGAAACAUGAAGUUUCAAUGUGUAAGGGUUUAUAUUCAAUUUCUUUUUUUUUUAAAUCUUCCCCUUUAUGAUUAUA